CUUCGUCCUGGUUUUUUCGUUCGCGGUUAUGCAAGCGCUCAAGACAUAUCUACACUUCUUUUGGUCGAACGCAAUGGUAAUUCUAUCGCCUCCUCUACCUUCAAUUCUCUCACUGCUGCUACUAAGUUAGGAGGUGAAGUAACAGCCCUUGUGGCAGGUGAAGAGCCAGACAAUGUCGCUUCUGAAAUUUCAAAGAUCACCGGUAUAUCCAAGGUACUCGUAGCUAAACACAAACUUUACGAACAUGGUCUUGCGGAAGUAUACGCUCCGCUGCUGGUUACAUCUCAGAAGAAGUUUAAUUUUACUCAUUUGGUAGCUCCUCAUUCAGCAUUUGGCAAAAAUAUUAUGCCCCGAGUCGCUGCUUUACUAGAUGUUGCACAAAUUUCUGAUAUAAUUGAUAUUGAAUCCUCAGACGUUUUUAUAAGACCGAUUUAUGCUGAUCCUACAAAAGUUAUUACUGUCCGAGGAACUGCAUUUCCUCCUUCUAACGUAGCUGGCAAUAAUGCUGCUAUUGAAGUGGCACCAGAUGCUGAAAAACCUUCAAUGACUGAAUGGAUUAGUGAAGAUCUUCAAAAAGGUGAUCGCCCUGAGCUUGGAAAUGCAACAAGAGUUGUGUCUGGAGGUAGAGCAUUAAAAAAUCGUGAAAAUUUCGACAAAUUAAUUUAUGGCCUUGCUGACGCACUUGGAGCUGCUG